CUCUGGCUUUCGUGUCAAAGGAGUAUCUACAUUUUUAGUAUUACAUUCAAAUUGAAACACAGCAAACACAAAACCUAAGAAGACCAACAUUAAUACACAUGAAAAGACAGAACAAAGACAGACAUUUACAUCUAAACGAAAGGAGGCAGCAGCGGUAUCACCAUCAUGCUGCAACGGCAACGGCAACGGCAACGGCAACGCACUGGCACCUCCUCCUCGAUCCAUAAUCCGGAUGGGGAUGCGGAUGGGGCUGAGGAUGGGGAGGUCUGCGCCUUCUGCCUGGAACAGAUACGGAACCCGGUCAAGUUACGGUGCAGUCACACAUUCUGCAAGGGCUGCUUGCAGAAAUACCGCGAGGCGCGCGGAUGGGUGGCCGAGCGCUGUCCGCUCUGCCGGCGCAGACUGGAUGAUUAUGUGGCCCGGAACUGGAUGGCUGCAUCCAGGACACGUUCGGCCAAUUGGUUUUCCCGGGUACAGUUACCUCAGCCUCAGCCUUAACCUCAGCCAGAGUCACUCGCACAAGCACAUCCAGAUCCUGCACAUCCUUAUCCCGACCCGUGCAUUGUUUGCUCUGAUUGCCCGAGUGGCUGUGACUCUGGCUCUGGCUGUGGCAACGACCUCUGGCUGCUUGUCAAAGAUUAAGCAAACCCACCUAAGCGGACAAACAAACACGCACUCGAGGGCAUUUCGCAGAGGACUCGAACUGCAGCAAGAUGGGAUACGAGCACAAAGGAUGCACAUGGCAAUUGCUGCAUUUAGUGAGCAAUAAAUUCACUUUUAAUUUACUAAAUGCGCCUCUGCUUCUGCUUCUGCUCGUCUCGCCCUCACCCAAUGGCAUGUCGUGUGCGUGCUAUGUCCUGCGCGUGAAGGAGACAAAUGCCUGCAGAAGACUGAUGAUGCGAUUGUCUGGCUGCGAUCAAGGAGGAGGAUGUGCUCGUCCAAGUGCGAGUCUUAAUUGCUCGCAUCUGCGAAUUCGAUUCGAAAGUUGGAAGUUCUUGCGCCUCAAUUUGACUUUCAAUUAUGGAAAUAGAAUGCAAUUUGCCAGGCUGCUUGGCUUGGCAGCUGGCCUGACGAUGA